AAUACAGUACACACGUAGCACAAGUUGCAAUUACACGUUUUAAAGAUUUCACACAUAAACUGUAAUAUAUUCAAGUUUUUUUUGUUUUGUUCUAAUAAGCGUUUGAAAUGGAAUCAAACACAUUCGAAAUAAACGAGGAGAUGUCUGUCGAUGUGACAGCAUUCAAAAUGCCCACUAGUGUCAUUCUAAGAAACAAUAAAUUUGAGACAGUAUUAUUCACAAAGGAAGAAUGGAGUCAGAUUUUGUCUUUGAGUGAGAGCAUGAUCAAUUUGAUGAAUGACAUCAAAGUAUCAGAUGGCGACUGGAUGUUUGAAAUAUCCCAAACAAGAUCUAUCGUGUUCCGAUUAUACAAAGACAAAGGAGGCAAAGUGAACCUCAAUUUUAGACUGCCAGACUGUGAAACUUUGCCACGCAUUAGUUUUGAGGUAUCUUUCGAAUCAUGGAGGCGUUUGCUGAGUAUACGAAACGAUAUAAGUAACGUUUUAAAAGAUGACUGCUUAAAAAGAAAAAGGGAAGACGAAUCUAUCAAAAUAUUUAAAUUCAAAAGGCAAAAGCGCUGGUUUUUGUCGAAGGAAGCUUGCAGGGAUUUUGCAGUUCGGGAUGGUAUAGAUCUAUCCGAGGCGGGAGAAAUGCACGAGAAACGUCGAGCACCAGACAGCCCUAAAGAGAUGUUAAAGAUAACGUAUGUUAAUGCCCUAGAAGAUAAAAUACUAAGUUUGGCGACCAAAGAAUGCUACGGGUGUCAGGUCGAUCAUCCUUCGAAAAAAGAACAUUUUCACUGUCUGGCCCCAUGGCAGGAGGUCGUACAUAUUUACUUUGAAAAAGCUGUGGACAGCGUCACGAAGGAGGAGGUUGCCGACUUGUACCAAGCAUUGUGUUCUAGAAUAAACAUUUCUCCUAUCUCGGACUGUCUAGCUUCAAUUGAAAGGAUUGUCUUCAUGUUUUCUUCGAUGAAAACGUAUUUGAACGAACUCGUGUUGGGAAAAUUUAAGGAUCUCAAUACUAUGAAUUACGAAUUCAAUUAUUUCGACUAAAAAAUGAAACAGUUAUGUUACGAAACCAUCAAUUACGUUUUAAGCAAGGGUGAGAAUGUGUAUAAAUCUUAUUUUAUUUGAAACUGAUCAAAAAACAUAAAAAACAAUGAUUUUUUAUGGUAUCAUUUAAUAUAUUGUCUAUUGUAUAAACAUGUUGUUAUUGCUGUGUUUGGAUACAUAAUCAAUUAACGUAUAUGUUGUAUAUAUUUUCUUUCCGAC